UUCCUCCUCUGCCGGCUGGUGGAAACGACAGACCUCCUCCUCUUCUGUCCUCUCCUCCCUCCAUCCCGCCGACGAGUGUAUACAGCCUCUCAAGUUGAACCCAGACGCACACAUAACACGCACAGCAAGAGGAGGAUAGACAGAGGGAGGAAGGAAAGGGAGAGCGGACGGAGCUGCUGCCGGGCGAGCGGAAUUUGGAUUUUAUUCAUGAACCUUUAAGUGACAGAGUUUUCUUCGGCGUUGUUGUUUCAAAACUGCUUAUUGAGUGGACUUUUUAAUUCGUUGGAUGACUUCUUCGUCCACUCUGUUGGUUCUUUUUAAACUCUGGAAGAAAGAAAAGUGUGAUAAAGGGAGAGACGUUGAGGUUUGCUCAGCUUUAGCUGUCCCGUUUGGAUAAAUGAAGCGGAGGAGCGCACCGGUGGAAAAAGCUUACCACGGGGGAAAACAGACUCAUGCCUCGGCUCUGUCUUGAAUGAGACAAACCGGAGACUUUUUUUGGGGUGGGGAGAAUUAAACAAGAAGCUAUCCUACACUGGAACUGCCCAUCGGGGUUGUUGUUUUUUUAUCACUGACUCCAGAAGGAUUUAUAGUUUACUCCAAGUCUAAUGUGCGCGCUGUCUAACGUCAAGCACAGCGGGAGCGCAGUUUGGUCAAAUUGAGAUUAUUGAUGGCACCGAUGCGGUAGUGAUCUGUCUGGGGGGGAAGAGGAAAACAAUAAUAAAAAAAAGAUUUCCCUGUCCUUUGUCCGUUUUGUGAACAGUUUUACCGAGCAGCGAUGGACACGGUCUGGAGAAGGCGAGGCGCGCUGGUGGGAUGCCACCUCUGGAAGACGGUGCUUCUUCUUUUCCUGUGGAAAGUGUCUGACAGCCCAGCAGGAGCAGCAGGAGUUGGACCAGGAGGAGGGCUGGAUUUCUCCCAGCCCCGGUUCUCCUCCUCCCUUCCCACCUACCUCCCAGUCCAAUGCCAGCUAAGUGGUGCAGACUCUGCCUUCUUCCUGCGGGAAGCCAAUCAAGAGGUGAUGCGAAACGGCAGCCUUUCAUCGUGGACUGAGCCCUUCUUCCUCCACCAACUGGAACCAGCCAUUGCCGCCCCACAAUCCCUGCCAAGUGUCAAUUGCAGCUACGGAAACCUGAGCAUUGAGCAGCCAAUCCCAGUGGAGCUGCUUCAGGGACCACCACCACAUCUGCUGCUGCCGACUAACCAGGUGACUUUGAACUGGAGGGUCAAAGGUCAAGUGGUGGUGCCCAGAGUGGGGUCAACACGGCCCUGGAUACAGGUGCUGUUUUAUCUGGUAGGGCGGCGUUGGGAUGAGCCUGAGCCGCCUCCUUUAGCCCUCCUCCCAUGUGUUAGGGCCAUGGCCAUCCGUGACACCAGUGAAGCAGCCCCCUCGGCGGGCUGCCGGCUCAUGGGACCAUCUGGCAUCUGUGUGGUCCGUCUGGAGAUUCCCCCAGCUUGGUUUACACCACCGCAAGUGAGAAAAAGACUUCCUGAAAUCACUCUACCAUCAGUGGAUGUGUAUUACUCAAUCAUACCAGUGGAAGGAGCUGGUCAAGAGUGUCCCUCAAUUGUUAAUGAGCCAUGGAGAGGUCAGAAUGCAAACGUUGGGCCUCUUGGAGGCCUGGGCAUGGGCCAGUGGAGCCCCCCAGUAGAUGGGGGACUUCAGGACAUGCUGAAAGCUGGUUCUGUGGCAAUGACUGUGGGCCCGGUUUCUGCCAAAGGAGAAAAAUUGAGACUGGAUGAAAAUGUGGAGGUUCUGGUGCCACCCAGUCCGGUUCGGCUUGGCAAGACGGUGGCGUUUGGCGUCUACAUGAAGACAGGUUCAAACACGGAACAGUUUACAUUGAGGGUGUGGUUCCAGUCAGGCAUUAACUUCCUGGCUGUGAAACCCAGCAACCUCGUUGCGUGGGAGAUCAAACAGGAAAUGGCGCCGGGAAGCAGUUCGUUGGCAGUGAUAUGUCAGAGAAGGGCCUCCUCCGCAGCAGAAAGAUUGGAAAGUCAAUCGUAUGAGGUGAUGCAGCUGGAAUUUGAGGUGGAUAACGUGAUCAACCUGGUGCCAACCCAGACUCUACACUGGAAGAUUGAGUAUCCAGCUGGCAUGCAGACAACUUCCAGACAAACAGAGAAAGUCUCGCACCUCUACAUCACCAACGCAGACAUACAGGGAAUCGUACCACUGGCUGAGGACACAGAGGUGGUGAACACAGCCAUUCUCACGGGUCGGCGCGUCGCAGUGCCAAUCAAACUGGUUACCGUGGAAACCGACGGGCAAGUGAGGGAGGUGGACGACUUGGUCACCUGCAGCUCGACAGACGUGGACGUGGUCAAGGUUUCCACAAACUGUGACCAGGUUUUGGUGAAUGGUAAAGAAAUGCGCGGCCGUCAGUCUCUGGCAGUCAACUUUACCUACCUGCACCUAUCUGCUCAGCUGCAGCUCACAGUCUGGGUGCCCAAGCUACCUCUGCAGAUUGAUGUGUCAGAUACUGAGCUGAGCCAGGUUAAAGGCUGGAGGGUACCGAUCAUCACUAACAAGAGACCUACCAGAGACAGUGAUGACGAUGAGGAUGAUGAGAGGAAGGGCAAAGGCUGCACCCUACAGUACCAGUACGCCUUGGUGCGAGUCCUUACCCAUUUUGUCGCAGAACCCUCUGACCCAGGAGGGGAGAUGGUCUACAUGUUGGGUGCGGACUGGCAAGCUGAUAUCACUCACUUGGUCUUGGAUCAGCUAAAGGUAGAAGAUCCACGCAUUGCCAGACUAAUAGACGGACGAAUUUUGAUCGGGCGGGAUCUGGGGAUUACCACUAUACAGGUUCUGUCCCCGCUGUCUGACUCCAUUCUGGCAGAGAAGACUGUAACUGUUUUGGAUGACAAGGUUACCAUCACUGACCUGGGUGUCCAGCUGGUUGCUUCUCUGUCGCUCAGUUUGACAGCAAGUCCUGGAAAUGACCAGGCUAUACAGCUAACAACUACAGCCACUGACCUGCUACACACAUCCAAACAGGAAGCAGCGAUCAGUGCGUGGAUCCAGUACAGUGACGGUUCAGUGACACCACUUGAUGUCUAUGACCCCAAGGACUUCCUCCUCUCAGCUGUAUCAUUGGAUGAGAGUGUCAUCUCCAUAACCAAUCAGGAGCAACACUGGCCUAUUGUUGUGGCAGAAGGUGACGGACAGGGAACACUGGUUCGUGUAGAGAUGGUCAUCUCUGAGACCUGCCAGAAAUCCAAAAGGAAGAGUGUGCUGGCAUCUGGAGUUGGCAAUGUGAUAGUGAAGUUUGGAGCAAAGAGUGAAGAAAGAGGUGUGAUGGGAAGAGGUGAACAGGACGACGGAGGAGGAAUAGACAACAGCACCGGUGAGCACCAAACAAAGGAUGGAAAGGAGUGGAAGUCCAACAGUGCAGCAGUGGAUCGAGAGGAGGGAGCCAUGAGAAAGGUUAGCACAACGACCAAGAGCACAGUAACCCAUCGUGCUUCAGGUGGUAAAGCUGCCAGUGGAGGCAGCAGCAGCAGCCGGGGCGGAGGCCCCAGCCAAGCAGGGGACUACAGUAACUACCCAGCACAAGUGGAGGUACCGGGCACUGGGGAUAGUGAGCUGACUCAGACCACCAGAGGACUGUCGGACCUAGAGAUUGGAAUGUAUGCCCUUUUGGGUGUAUUCUGUCUGGCAAUACUGGUCUUCCUUAUCAAUUGUGUCAGCUUUGCUUUCAGAUACCGUCACAAGCAGGUUCCCGUGCUGGAAGCAGGAGGCAACAUGAACCACGCCCAUGACUGGGUGUGGCUUGGCAACGAGGCCGACCUUUUAGCUGACCACUCUGACCAAUGCCAGGGCAGGCUGCCCGAUGAGUGCACCACCAUCAUUGACCGGAAUGAAGGAGGAUACGAGGAGAACAAGUACCUGCUGAACGGGGCUGGUAACACCUUGGUGAUGGGCGUGAGCACAGGCAUGGGCACCAUUAGUAAGGGUGGUGGCACAGGUGGACACCGGGGUAUCACCCAUGGACAAACUUUGCCCAGAUCGGUUCCAGAACCGCAUCAGUGCCUUUCAGCAAUCACUCCUAGUGGCAAAAAUGCCACUGGCCAAGCGGAGCAUCUGAAUAAUUCCCCCGGAUCCACAGCUGCAGCUGCAGUUGCAGCCGCCAAACGUAAGAGGGUCCAGUUCACGUCUUUUGCCACUGUUGUACCCAAUGAUAAUUUGGGUGGGGGUGGACCAUACACCAACUCUUCAGUCCUGGUGACCAAUGGGAACGAGGAUGACAUCAAGUGGGUGUGCCAGGAUAUGGACCUGGGUCAGUCUGAAAUCAGAACCUACAUGGAGAGGCUACAAGACAAUCUGUGACUAAUGGGAAAGAGACUGAGAAAUGGAGGGGCUGAGGAUGAGUGCAGGAAUAGGAACGAUGGACAAUGAGUACAAUUCACCUGUAAUGCCUUUGCAAUGGAUGAAGGGAGGGAGAACAGGAGGAAUAUAAGAACAGCGAAGGGAAUAUAACGUGUAGCGAAGAGUUUAGAAGAUAAUGGACCAGACAGUGUAGAGGAUGCUUACAUUUAGCUCCCCUGAGGCGAUGGAAAGCAUACUGUAACAACUAGCUCACACUGAAAUCAAUAGUAGCAAACAAUAACAUUAUGAGUUUGUUUUAUAUUAUUUAUUGUAAAGAUAUUACUGUAAAAAUCCAUAUUGAAGUCACCAUUGGUAAUUAAUGUUUAUUUCCAGAAUACCAGUAAACCAUUGCGUUAUACAGUAAAUUCAGGGUAUGUUAUUGAAUAAACAUUAUCACUACACAUUUAAACAAGGAUGGCAAGAACAUCAUUUCUGAAGUAUUUUUUACUCAUAUGGUGUAUUUACAUUAUUGGCUGUGGCUGUUGAUUGAUUAUUGAUAGAUCUAGUUUUAAUAUUUACCAGCCAAGUCUACUGAAUGGUUAUAUAAUGAUUAUGUUUACUGAAGAAUAGGUAGGUACAUCAAAGAUACAAUCUGUUUUGUUUUUGUUUUAUCACUUGACCCAUUUGCUUUUGGCAUUGCUCAUAAGUGAAAUGUAAAAAUAUAUAUAUAUAUAUAUAUAUAUAUAUAUAUAUAUAUAUAUAUAUAUAUAUAUAUAUUCCAAGAACUCAACUAUGAAUUCAGGCACCAGUGGGAGCUGACUUUGGGAGAUCUUGCGCUGUCUUUAAACAACAGAAUGUGUCAAGAGUUGAAAAAAGUAUACACACAAAAGACUGUUUCUCCCUUGGAUCCAUACAGAGGCAUUUAAACUUGCACAAUUACAGACAGGAAAGGACAUUAGCCACAUACGAGGCUUAUUUCCUGUUUCGUGAAACCCUCAAUGGCAGAAGCGGCAUUCUCCCUGUAUUCAAAACCAAUCGCAUAACCCCCUGGCCCCUCUCUUUGUCUGGGAUUGGACAGCAGUAGGAACUUUGUGAACUGAAGAACACAGUGAAAUACUGUCUGUAAACUAAAAGGGGGACUCACUGAGGUGACUUAUAUAAAAAGAAGGCUACAAGGCGGCUCUGGCUUUGCAAAGCCUGAACACUUUCUAAUGAGGAUUAUUUAAAAAAGAAACAAUGUAGGCAACAAGACGGACCAGAGUACCUGCAGUGUUAUACAUGAAGCUAACAGGAUAUAUUGAAUGAAAUCACAAUACAAAUAAAAAUGGAGUGACACUCGAAUAGAUACGGGGUCAUGAAACAUGUUUGUUUUGCUGAACAUAGUUAUGCAUAUUAUUUUCCUUUUGUUUGUCCUGUUGUAUUUUGAUAAAUAGAAUGUUUUUAUGUUUUUUAUUGUUACAUUUUUUUUUCUCAUUUGGAAGGCUAUUAAUUGUAGCUUUUUGUUUCAAAGAUGUAUUAAGAUUCUAAGAAUAUAUGAUUAUUUUUUUCUCCUAGAGAUCUAUUUAUUUAAAUUAACAUUUGAGAGGGUGAGGACAGAAAGAAAAGCCAAGGGUUAAAGAUCGAAAAGAACAGACCUGCUGGUGAAUAGCACAUAAGAGAACACAGUGACAGGAAGGAGACUGAACAGGCAGAGGUAGCCUCACCUUCAUUAAGCUCAGGUGACGAGUCGUGACGAACUGACAAUAAAAAAAGGAACUGUAAGAUUGUUAAGAUUGCAAUAUUUAUUUAUAAAUGUGUCACUGUUUCGGAGUACAUGUAUGUUGUAGAUAAAUAAACAUGCUUCAAAGUGCUUGUGAAUAAGACUGCAGGUCACUAGCCAACAACACGGUGAUAUUUUGUACAUUUUACAGUGCAAAUAUGGUACACAAUACUAUCUAUCACCACAAUGUGAACGUGAUCUUAUUGGUUCUUUUUUCUAAAGAUGUUCCUGUCUUUGUUUAAAGUAUUGAAUGAAUUAUUGUCAUUGUACAGGGUAGGAAUCCGUUUACCUCCUUAAUGAGAUGUAAAAAUGGAGGUAGUGAUCACACUCAAAAGUGUUUGAGGUUGAUGAGUCCAAGACAUCCAUUUCAGAAAGAAAGCCAAAGCAAUUGUUAAGAUGUUGGGCCAGUCAAAAAGAAAACAAAACCUAAAUCUGGACUACCACAGAUAUAAACAUUUCUGUUUUAAAUCAUUUUUUUUAACAAGAUACAUGAUAAAAAUGCAUAUAAAAAUCACAAUGGUCAAUUUUCAGGUCUGACACAGAAUUAAUACAGGAUUCAAAGGACAGAGAGCAUGAAUAGGCACAGAUAAGUGACCUGAGCUGACUCCAAAUGGGGGAACUAAAUGGGCUGCACAGCCUCCACCAAAGCAAUAGAUAUUUUGACUGAUGAUGGCGACUAUAUACUGUACGUUCAGGACUCAUACACGUUACGGUAUCUCGCUUACUCUAACGCGGACUGCUGUGAUUGAAAGGAUCAGUUCGGUACACAUUUGAUAGUCGCUGAAUGUAGAAGUGUAGCAAUGCUUUCGAUGAAAAACCUUUUGACUCUUGACUAGAACUGUGAGGUGAAACAUAUUUUACAGCCUGUGACACCAAUUCUACAUGUUGUACAAUUUUAAAACUGUAUGGAUGUCAAUUGAAAAAAAUACAAGAUUAUUAUUAUUAUUAAGGCAUUUCAGUUUUUAUUUGAUGCCAGAGAAAGACAAAUCUUCUGUGUGUAGCCAAUGUGGAAGGACCACACAUUUACUGCAUGCUUACUGAACUACUGCUGAACUUUAGUACAGUUCCCCAGAUACUUCUUUGCCAUCUUUCCAGCUGUCAGAAACAGCCAGGGUAGUUUGUUGCAACUAGAGAGACUCACGCUAAUUCGGUUUUACCAAUAACAUUCAACAAAGAAUCAUCAAGUGCAGAAACAAGAGCAUUAGUUUAUUUUUACUUUUCUCUGGUUGACAGGCUGUUUCGCUGGCAUACAGGGAAAUGGAUCCAUCUCCUACAGAAUAAUGUUCAUAUGUAACCAAUUUGUAAUAGCAAUUUUUUAGCCCAUGCAGGUAGAAAUGUAAUGGUCAUGUAGGCCAAGUAAGAAAGGGUUUUGGACAAGGUAAGGACAAUGUGUUCAGUUCAUACUAACGUUGACUUGGGGGGGGCAACAACUUCUAGGUCACCAAGUAGAGUGUGCGCCCCAUGUAGGCUGAGUCCGUGGCAGCGACCGUUGGUUUGAAUCCGAGCCCCGGCCCUUUGCUGCAUGUCUUCUCCCCUUUCCUGUCUUCAAGCCUGUUAAUCCUGUCGAUUAAUGGCCAAAUUUAACCUAAAAGCAAAAACCAAGGUUGACUUUUUCAAUAUUCAACAUGAUGCUACACAUGACCAUUGCAUUACAUCCAAAACUUAUUUUUCUAUUGCAAAACAGUUUCAUCUGAACAUAAGUCUGAUGAGAGAGGUUUUGAGACAGAUCUUGAUGCCUUUGAACUGGAUGAUUCAGUUGUUCUAAAUGUUGUCACUCAGCCUUCUUAUACACACUUGUUGGGCUAUGUGUCUACAGAGGAUCUGCACAAAUGGUGCUGCCUAUUUUUCCUGGUGAUUUUACAUUAUUAGCAACUGCAGACGCCAAUCUUGCAAUAACAUUUGAGUGAAAUAAAUAUACUACCUUAAAACCAUAUUAGUUUUGCAUAUGGUAACAGCAUCUCUCAACCAACUUGUUGUCAGACCAAUGUAGGCUGGCAUUUUUCGAAACAAUUGGAUGAAGCCAAUGCAUACAUGAUGUAGCAGUCGUUCAGCCAGCAAUCAAGCAGUAAAAAAUAGGAACUCUACAGUGGCUCUUUGUGCUGAAAA